GGUUCCCUUAUAAAGCACAAAGUCGCUCACACCUUCACUUUCCUCCUAGCUAGCUCAUACGAGAGAGAGAGAGACAGAGCAGCCAUGGUUCACGUUGUUUUCUAUCGCAACUAUGGGAAGACCUUUAAGAAGCCUCGCCGCCCAUAUGAGAAGGAGCGGUUGGAUGCUGAGUUGAGGCUUGUGGGAGAGUAUGGGCUGCGAUGCAAGAGAGAGUUGUGGAGGGUUCAGUAUGCUCUUAGCCGUAUUCGUAACAAUGCAAGGAUGCUUCUGACCCUUGAUGAGAAGAACUCUCGUCGAAUCUUUGAGGGUGAGGCUCUUCUCCGAAGGAUGAAUCGGUAUGGGCUUUUGGAUGAGAGUCAGAACAAGCUUGAUUAUGUCUUGGCCCUGACUGUGGAGAACUUCCUUGAGCGUCGUCUUCAGACACUUGUCUUCAAGUCGGGAAUGGCCAAGUCCAUCCACCAUGCUCGAGUGCUCAUUAGGCAGAAGCAUAUCAGGGUUGGGAGGCAGGUUGUGAAUAUUCCGUCUUUCAUGGUGAGGGUUGAUUCACAGAAGCACAUUGAUUUCUCGCUUACCAGUCCAUUUGGUGGUGGACGACCUGGAAGAGUGAAGAGAAGGAAUCAGAAGGCAGCUGCUAAGAAGGCUGCUGGUGGAGAUGCAGAUGAAGAGGAUGAAGAAUAAGUGAUGGGUUAGGACCUUUACUAGUAAUACUACCAGUCGGACUGAGGUCUCAACUGUGUUGAACUUUCAACGUUUUGCUUGCAAUGUUUAGUAUCACUUUAAGUGAGAAUAGAAAUAGCUUGUUGUUAUUUAUAUGUACAAUGUGUGUUUUCUUGGCUUAAAAAUGUGUGUCGAACCCAAUGGCAGAGGAAAUUCAUUAUGGAUGAUUGCUAGCUAGAGUUUCAGCUGUCAUUUAUGAGCCUUCUAGGCCUGUUAAAUUAUACAUGGGAUGUGCUUAUUGGAUAUGUUAGUGUGUGAUAAAUCA